CGCACCUGAAGUGGGGAAAGCAAUGGAAAACUGGAAGGAACUAGAAAAUAAACUAACCAUCAGAGAGGUACCACACAUCCCUUCCCAGGCAUGAUUAUUAUUCGCUGCAUACUAGAUAGGCUGCACAUUCAGACAUUCAUCAGCUUACUGCGAGAUCGUCGCGCCAGUUACCAACCACUCCCAUCUUGUUUCUACUCUUUCUGAUCUUGUCCCCUCACCCACGCUUCUACACCUUCAUCUUCUCCCAACAGAUCUUACUCUAAGCCCGUCUUGAGGUACAUGAUCCUACGUUCCUAGCACGAUUUAUUUCAAUCGAGCAUCUUAGCCAAAUCCUCAUAAUGAAGCUUUACUCUGUCUCCCUUGCUCUUGCGGCUUGCCUGAGCAUGGCAGCUGCCCAGGGCCUUGACGGUCUGCCGGAUUGUGCUAAAUCAUGCGCUACGAAUUCCAUCCCAGCCAACUGCGGUCUUGACGUGAAGUGCAUCUGCACCGACUCGUCCUUCAUUUCGGGUAUUUCAUGCUGCGUUCUCCAAUCUUGCGCUCCGGACCAGCAGCAGGAAGACGCUCACCCAUUCUUUCCCACAGCCGCCGUCGAGUUUGCGAACCGUAUAUGCAGAACCGCCGGUGUGACCAACAUGCCUCAGUCUCCCAGCUGCUCAAACACAACUCAAUCUGCCACUGGCACGUCCUCUGGAUCCUCUACAAGCACAUCUAGUUCUUCCACCGAGUCCAACGCCUCCCAGACCGCUGCAACUGCAACCACUUCCACCACAGCCACUUCUACCACUGGCUCCGCGACCUCGUCUGCUACUUCGGCCACCAACACCAGUACCGGGGCUGCCGUUGCUCAGCACAAGGACAUUGGUCACAUUGCGGCUGUCGGUGCGGCGCUUGCGGCUUUCGGCUUGCUCGCUUAG